AUGACCCCCGCCCUCCUCAUCCUCGGCGGCACCGGCACAGUCGGCACCCGCAUCGUCGCCCAACUCUCCUCUUCCUCCUCUCACCCCCACCACAUCCUCGUCGCCUCCCGUCGCGGCCAGCCCAACACCUCCAACCCAACCCACCCCCAGCCCGACCCCGCCGCCGUCGCCGGACCCAACCCCCGAGUCCACCACGUCGUCUUCGACUGGCACAACCCUGAAACCUGGUCGAACCCCUUCGAAACCCAAAUCCAGGGUGGAGACGACCUGCAGGUGACAGCCGUGUAUCUAAUCGCCCCCGCGCCGCAGGCCGGUUCCCAUGAGACGGGAAGUGGUGCACGGGUGAUGGAGGAGUUUGUAGACUUUGCGCGCGGCCAAGGGGUGAGGCGGUUUGUGUUGCAGAGCGGGUCGCCGAUUGAGAAGGGGGGGCCGGCGAUGGGGGCGGUGCAUGCGUAUUUGGCGGAGUUGGAGGGUGAGGGGGUGGAGUGGGCGGUUUUGAGGCCGACUUGGUUUCAGGAAAACUUCGCCGACCAGGAAAUGCACCUGCGCGGUGUCCGGGACGAAAGCAAGGUCUACUCGGCCACCGGCGACGGCAAGAUCCCGUGGGUGUCGGCCGACGAUAUUGCUGCUGUCGCUGUCCGCACGCUGACGGACGAGGUGCCGCAUAACACGGACUAUCUCGUUCUUGGCUCGGAGCUACUUUCCUAUAGCGAGAUCGCCGAAAUCCUCACAUCCGUCCUGCACCGCCAGAUCGUGCACGUCGACCUGUCCGCCGCCGACCUGGGGGCACGCUUCGUCAGCUUUGGCAUGGCCGAGGACUAUGCCCACUUGAUGACCGCGCUGGACACGGCGGUCAAGCAUGGGUCGGAGGAGCGUACCGACGACUCCAUCUUGGCUGUCACGGGGUCGGCGCCGAGGCGGUUCCGCGAGUUUGCUGAGUCUGUGAAGGGGGUGUGGGAGUGA